UCCCGCUGUAGACCGGCCGGCAGUCAGUUCUGCUCCGACAAGUAUAAUCAUCCUUAAGAUCGAAGAGAAUCGAUGCUCCCAAAGUAGCAAGUUGUUACUCCUCGUGACUGAUAUAAAUGUAACUUAGAGUGGUGGACUGAGACGAGACACGUUGGCGUGGCCACUCAAGUCUUGACUCCUGAACUGUGUCCUCGACAGCUCGUGCUAUCUUCUUAAAAUGUCUCUAUACUGCUACGUUUUGUCUCUUCUUCUCUUGUUAGGAGCGUCUGAGCUGGCUUCUGGAAAAGGAUGUAACAAGACGAUCAGAACAACUCGAGCGAUCCAAAGUCCCCGACUGACCCGACUAAACAGAAACCAACCAAUGACAUGCUUCUAUAAGUUUGUAAGCUAUGCUGAUCCGAAUAACCCCGGAGUGUUUGAGAUCACGUUCCGCUCACUACACAUUGGCCGCCAGGUGAACAAUUCUUUCUGCAGGAAAGGCUACCUACAGAUUGAAGAUGACCGCCUGCGAGAAGGACAUGCUGGUUACAUCUGUGGACGUAUUAGAAAGAGCCGGAUUUACUUGGCUCAUUCGGAGGUGGUGACGUUGAUGUUCCACACGGAGCGUUACACCCGUCACACUUUUUUUAAAGCUCACAGUUCUAUGUUGCCAGCCCAGUUCGCCAAAGAAAGACACAAAGAAUUGGCUGUUAAAAACCCCGGUAAACUGCUACUCGGUACAUAUUGCGACAGGUUAUUUUUCAAUUGUGACGGUCUCUGCGACGUCACGAGUCCUGGAUACCCUGGUUUUUAUCCCCGAAACGUUACUUGCCGAUAUGAGAUUGUUUUCAACACGACCGAUGCCAGAGUGACAAUAGGGGGGCACUAUUACGAUAAGUUUGAUGUUUGGGGAACCAAGGGUUUCCGUGGGAACCGUAUACUAAACUACUGUCCGUACGACUUCAUCCGAGUCUUCGACGGAGAAGAACAGGACAGUCCUAUGAUUGGUACUUUCUGUGGCAGGGGCAUCCUACCUCGGAUUGUAUCUCGCAAUCCAAGAAUCAUCGUUGACUUUGUAUCCUCGCCUGCAGGAAGCAUGAUAAGUGACGGGUUUUAUCUAUCAGUAGGGAAGGAGCGCCGCCUACCAGGAAGACCGGGUCAAGAAAUUGUGAAUCCAUCCUGCCAAUGGAAAUUUAUCAGCACUCAGGUUUCCCAGGGUUACCUUUAUAGCUUACGUCAUUGGUAUCCUCCUCGAACUCGCUGCACUUACAAACUCAGCGGCCGUCCUGGAGAGAAGCUCUGGGUACAUUUUAUUAGCUUCAACGUCCUACGAGGAAGUCAAUGUCGGAAUGUCUUAAGGAUCUUUAACUCCUCGUGGCAGAAUCAGUCAGCUCUAAUGGGGGAAUAUUGUGGUAAAAAUCGACCUAACGAAACCCUACUGUCCUCGUCAGAAAACUUGUUCAUUGAAUUUGAAAGCAUGGAAGGGUCAUUUGAUGGGUCACAGUUUGAAUAUUCUGUGUAUUUUAUGUUUGUGAACACAACACCUGCUGAAUCACGUGUUCCGAAUACCCUGUGCGAUCAGCUGUUUAAUAGUGAACUGGUUUCUUCUGGACACUUCCACGUCUUACCAAACAGGCUUGUGUUACGAAACUCCGAAGUUCAGUGUAGAAUUCAAUUCAUAGGAAAACCCUCUGAGAGGGUGAGGUUGACGUUACAAGAGGUGAGGUUCAAUCCACUGAGGCAGUGCAUUGGAAUUAAAGAGCCUAUAUGCACCCAGAGCGACUUCGAACUCACAGAUCAUUUGUCAGUAUUUGAUUCUGAUGGAUCUCAGCUUGGAUGUUUUUGUGCCGAUUUGUCUCGUGAUUUUCAGAUGGUCUCUGGAGGUUCCAAACUCUCCAUGGAGCUCAAGUUAUAUCAGUUACAUUAUCUGGCACAUAGGAUGGAUAAGUCUUUUGUCUUUACAGGCCAUUACCAGUUCUUGCAAGUAGGAUGCGGUGAGUUCUCUCAGAAAGGAAUUCAGGGAGAAUUGAACUUUCCUUUAGAGUCCAGCGAAACCCAAAAAGGUUUCCACUGUCGCUGGAAAAUUGAAACUUCUCCAGGAAGUUCCGUUAUGAUAAAACUUCCACACGUGGCUUUGUCAAGUAACUGUAACCUCACCAGCUUGAAGUUGUUCACAGCAGUUGAGUUAAAUAUACUUCAUGAAUUAUGUGGAAACCAUACAAAUAUCGAGCUUUUCCCACCCACGUGGCAAAAAAAGAAAAUUCCAAGUUCUGGAAGGAAUGAAAAUGUAGUCAUUCUUGAGCUUGUAUCUAGCUUUAAAUAUGUGCAGUUUCAGCUUCUCUGGACUGAACUCUGGCACCAUAAGGAUCCAGAACACCACUGUGAUCAUCUAUGUCCAGACAACAUGAGCUGCAUCUCUAAGUCAUUGCUAUGUAAUGGUGUGAUAAAUUGUCCCGAAACAAAUUUCUACGGGAAUCCGUUAGACGAAGCGCCAUCUCUCUGCCGCCAAAAGAACUAUAUUAUCCAAAGCAUUUUGGGAGUGUCAGCUGUCUCCAUAAUUUUGUUAACUGUCUCUUGUCUGGUUAUGUACGUUUGGCAUCGAAAAACUCUAACAAGUAAAGAUACGUUCACUAACUGUAAUAACAAUUAAAGUAGCAUUAUAAAAAAAUUACACUUAAUGUAUAUAACUGUCUAAGAAAUUUUUGUUUUGUAUAUUUUUUUAGUUGUUGUUUUGU